AUGAACGGCAAACACGGCCACUCCCGCUGUCGACGAGACCCAUGGGUCAUGUUUGAGCCAAUACAAAACCAGCCACAGAUGAUUCUCAUCUGCUCGAAUUAUUUGGCAGGAUCUUAUGGCAUCUAUGCAUCUUCUGCACUCUCGUCAAAUACCGUUUUCGGAUCUAUCCUAGGAGGAAUAUUGCCCUUGGCCGGACCGAAGAUGUAUCAAGACGUGACACCUUUUUGGGGUGUUACACUUCUCGGCCUGGUAGAGUUGCACUUGUUUGCCUAA